AUGGCCGCCGACAAGACCGACGCCUCUGGGGAACGGCCCGGAGUCCCCUCGAGGAAUCCCUUACCGCUGUCUGCCUCGCAAGAGUCUCAAGUACGGGAUAUUUUCUACGCCCGGGUUCGCAAGCAGUGCGCCGAGGAGAUUAAGGCCUUUGCUGCUUGUGCUUUAGGCCGUACAUUCACCGUCUCAUUUGCGUGCCGCGCCGAACACCGCGUCAUGAACAGCUGCAUGAAGCUGCAUGCCACGCCGGAGGAGCACGAUGCCGCUCGCGAAGAGUGGUUCGCGAUGCGAAUAGAGCGCCACAGGCAACGCGAGCGCAAGGCCAAGAUGGCGGUUGCGCAGGAAGAGUUUAUUCGAGAGUGGUGGGGGCUUCCGGAGGAGGUGCGCGAGUCGAAACGGCGGGAGCUUGAGAAGUUGGGACAAGCGGAGAGAGUUGGCGGGCUGACGGCCAAGGAGAGACCGCAUGGUCCUGACGGCAGCAGAUGA